AUGGCUGAAAGUGUGCUUCUUCUAGUCAUUAAAAAGAUCGGAAUCGCCUUGGGGAAUGGAGCUCUAGAUCAGGCCAGCUCUCAGUUUUCCAAGUAUGCGACACAACUCGUAGAGCUGCAGCACAGCAUGGGUCGUGUUGCGAGGGAGCUUCGUGUAAUGCACAAUGUUCUCUGUCAAAUGGACAUCCGAAACCGCAACGAUCAGGUUUAUGAGGGCUGGUUGGAUGAGGUGCGGAUGGUAGCACAUGUAAUGGAGGACAUGGUGGAUGAGUACUUGAAUCAAGUUGGUCAGGAACAUGAUAUGGGGUGUUGCUUUUACCUGAAGAAAGGGCUCAGAAGACCAAGGUCUCUGCUUUCCUUGAACCAGAUAGCGUCCAAUGUGCAUGAAAUAGAGAAAGACAUUGCACACUUAUCGGAGAUGAAAAACCGUUGGGUUCCCAUGGUAAACAAUGGAGAUACUAGCAGCUCGAAUUACAUUGUGAAGAGGUCCCAAGAUCUAGCAAACAUUUCACGUUCCCUCCAUGAAGAAGAUCUAGUUGGAGUGGACAAAAACAGAGAAAAACUUCAGCAGUGGUUGGAAGGUGAAGAUGGGGAAUGCUCUGUGAUAACCCUGCAUGGAAUGGGAGGGCUUGGCAAAACAGCUUUAGCUGCAAAUGUCUACAAGAUGCAGAGAGAGAAAUUUCAGUGCCACGCAUGGGUCUCCAUCUCUCAAACUUAUUCUAGAGAAGAUGUCUUGAUGAAUAUAAUCAAGGAACUCUGUAAAGAUAGAGUUGAUUUUUUAUCGAACAUCGCCACAAUGGACAUAACAUGCCUUGAAGAUACAGUGAAGAAAUUUCUGGAGAAAAAGAAGUAUUUGAUCGUACUGGACGAUGUUUGGACUCCAGAUGCGUUUGAUGACUUGUCUAGGGCACUUCUUAGUAAUGGCAUGGGAAGUAGGUUGCUAAUUACAACACGAGAAGGUGAUGUUGCUGCACUUGCUUCUCGUGGACAUAUUUUAACACUGGAAGCUUUACCAGAAGACAAGGCAUGGGAUCUCUUUUCAAAGAAAUCAUUUCCAAGGGAAACAAAUCAUGAAUGUCCUCAGGGUUUGAAGCCUUUGUCCAAGGAAAUAGUUAGCAAGUGUAAAGGCUUGCCUCUCGCGAUUGUGUCAAUUGGUAGCCUUUUGCACGUCCGCGAGAAAACUUUAGGAGAAUGGAGAAGAAUAAAUGACCAACUGAGCUGGGAGAUAAUUAAUAAUCCAAGGCUCGGCCACAUCAGGAAUGUUUUGCAUCUGAGCUUCAUAUACCUUCCGGAAUACUUGAAGUGUUGUUUCAUGUACUGCAGCUUAUUUCCUGAAGACUAUCUUUUCCAAAGAAAAAAACUUCUAAGGCUAUGGAUAGCAGAGGGCUUCGUCAUUGAAAGGGGCGCGAGUACCUUAGAAGAAGUGGCAGAAGGCUAUUUGAAGGAAUUGGUCAACAGAAACAUGCUACAGCUGGUUGAUAGAAACCCAUUUGGCAGGAUAAAGAGAUUAAGGAUGCAUGAUAUCAUACGUGAACUGGCAGUUGAUUUGUGCCAGAAGGAACGUUUUGGUGUAAAAUAUGAGGAGGUUAAAUGCGGGGGAUCUGUUCAGAGGGAUGAACGCCGAUUGGUAGUGCACAAACUGAAGAAGGACAUUCAAGAGUCAUUUUGUAGUGUCCAUGGACUUCGAAGUUUCAUUACACUGGACAAAAACAUGCCAUCAUUCACUGUACUACCUCUACUAUCUGAGAAGUCAAGAUAUAUGACUGUGCUAGAAUUAAGUGGCCUACCAAUUGAGAAGAUACCUGAUGCUAUUGGAGAUCUUUUUAAUCUUCGCCAUUUGGGUUUGCGGGAUACAAAAGUGAAGGUUCUACCGAAAUCAGUCAGGAAGCUUUCAAAUUUGUUGACACUAGACCUAUGUAACAGUGACAUACAAGAGCUCCCUUCAUGGAUUGUCAAGCUGGAGAACCUUAGGCACUUAUUUGCAGAGAAAGUGAAUGAUCAAUCCUUUAGAGUUCUACAUUCACUUAGUGGUGUAUGCAUCACCAAGGGUCUUGGUAACCUAAAAAAUCUGCAGACUCUACAUGCGUUGGAUGCGCAAGAUGAGUCUGUCAGACAAAUAGGGGAGCUGAGACAACUUAGGAGCUUGAGGAUACUGAAUGUGAAGGGGAUCUACUGUGAACUCCUCUGCAGAUCUCUAGUGCAGAUGCCAUUUUUGUCCUACCUAUAUGUGGGUGCAAGUGAAGAUAAUGAGGUUCUCAUGUUGAACGCCCUCCCGCCUAACCUGCAAAAGAUAAGUUUGAAUGGAAAAUUAGCCGAAGGCACAUUGUUGAGAGAGUCACCUCUCAUCCAAGCUAUGGAGCAAAACAUGCAUGAACUAUAUCUACGUUGGUCCCAGCUGAGAGAAGACCCACUGCCAUCCCUUUCUCGGUUGGAAAAUUUGACGGUUCUACAAUUCACUAGAGCAUACAAUGGAGAGAAGUUGGAGUUUCUCAGGGGAUGGUUUCCCAAGCUGAAGGUUCUCUAUUUGCGUGAUCUGCCGAAUCUGAAGCAGCUAGAGAUGAAGAAGGGCGCCAUGGCAACUCUGAAAAGUUUAACACUAUUCAACCUCGGCAGUAUGGCGGUGGUCCCAUCUGGCAUUGAGUUCGUCAUGCCCCUUCAGUACCUAAGCUUCUACGAAAUCACCCAUGAUUUCUUGAUGUCGUUGUGCCAACACCCUCGAAUUGCCCGUAUUCCAUGGCAGUAUACUCUUCGAGAUUGA